GUCACUCUCCUUUCCGCUCUGCUCUGGGGCGGGUGAAAUUUUUAAUUGCACCGCCUGCCACACAGGUGCUAUAAGAGCGGCGGUCUGCGAUCCCAGGCCGAACACUGCCCCAGGAACCCCGGCGCCAUGCAGAUCCACCAGCACACAUCCGCACUUCUGGCCGUCCUUCUGGCCAUUCUGGCCCACUGCGAGGCGCGAAGAAGCGCCUACCGCCUCCCGAGGGUCCAAGGACGCAGCGCCUCCGGCAUUCCGGCCGCACAGGAUGUGGGUUCUGGCCGGGAUCUGAUGAAGAAGUUCAUGCUGAUGCGGGGCCUCUUCCAGCAGCCGCCCAGCGACAAUGUGAUUGUGAUCACGCAGCCCUCGACCACAACGACGACGACGACCACGCCCACUGGAUAUCCCACCACAACGACCUACACCACGACCACGACCACGCCCUCUUCGAAUAGUACGGGUCGCGCCCUCCAGGAAGUCAGGCAUUCCAAGGAGUCACACGAUGAUGAUGAGGAUGAGGAUAUACCGGUGACCAUGACCAUGACAGGGCGAGCUGUCGAGGAUCGCCUAGAUCUGCCAGAGGUCGGGGAGGAGCUGGAGCCCCAGGAACUGGAGGCCCACAAGCAGAAGGUAUCCCAGUGGCCCAGGAAGUUCCGUCUGAAGAGCGUAAAGCUGGCUGGGAAAAAGAACCAGGUCAAGAAGACCCACCGGCGGGUGCACAAGCGUACCCAGAAGAAGAAGCGUCAUCAGAAGCGGAAGGUCGUCAAAAAGCAGUCGGCCAGCCAGCAGCGAAACUCGGAGUCCGCGGUCAACUUCAUAGAGCCCUAUCACCGCGAGGGACAGCCACAGGCUGGUCAGUCCGCCUCCGACUCGCGGUUGCAGCGCAUCUGGCGACGCUUCCAAAUCGCCAACUAA